AUGCAACACCUAUUCUUGUGCUGUAGUGCCAAUGAGAGCAUCACUGUAUAUGCCUGUGAUUGCAGCAGCGAGGCCCUUGAGUGGGCUAAAGAAAUGAUUAAUGCUGCUGAUGGAAUCUCUGCUAAAAAUCUCUUCCAUCCAUUCCAAUGUGAUUUUUCUAGAAGUGGGGUACCAAAAUGGUUAGCAUGUGAUACUUGUCGACAAAUUUUUUCACAUACGCAACAUGCUUGCAUUUCAGAUAUUAAUAAGAAUAGAAGAAGAGAUUUAAAUGAUUUAACUUUCUCGAAGGAAACUAGUUGCUGCAUUGGUGGGGUUGAUUUUGUUACCUUGAUAUUCACUCUAUCAGCAAUACCACUCCUUGAGAUGCCAGCAGCCAUUGCAGAGUGCUUCUUUGUCUUAAAGCCUGGCGGCCUGCUCUUAUUCAGGGAUUAUGGCCUUUAUGACAUGACUAUGCUUCGAUUUGAACAAGAACAAAGAGUGGGGUUCCGGGAGUACAUGCGUUCUGAUGGAACCCGAUCUUAUUUCUUCUGUUUAGAUAGUGUGAGGAAUCUCUUCAUAGGUGCUGGCUUUACCGAGCUUGAGCUUGAAUAUUGUUGUGUUAAGUCUGUUAAUCGCCGAAAUGGGAAGAGCAUGCGGAGGGUGUGGGUGCAUGGGAAGUUUCAGAAGCCCAUGUGAAGAUGUCCACCAACAUGCACUUGUUAAGGAACUGUUUGAGUGUAUGUGAUCAUUCCAAAUCUACGAUAUUUGUGAAAUUGAUAGUGCACUCAAUGUAGUACAUUUAGACUAUCUAUGAUGCUGGAAGGAACUGGGAAUAAAGAGAAGGCUGAAGACAGCAUUUACAUUUUCAUGUUUUAGCAGGAAAUUGGAUGGUACAGAAAUAUGUUAUAAUAAUGGAACUUCAGCAGUUUUUAAUCUUUCAUUGUCGUCUCAGGUUGAUGUUGGAAGUGUACAUUUCCUAUUUCCAUUCAAGUAGUAAAGAUACAUGGCAAAGGGGUAUUUGCUGCACGUGUUUUUUAGUAUAUUAGUGUGUUUUUU